AUGCACGUUACUCACUUGCUGGUUGAUUCCAUCGAGAAUAAAGUCAAUCAAUUCCCUCUCAUCGACAUUGCCCUGUUUUGCCAGUGCCUGCAUGGACAGGAUGUAAAAGGGUGUCGUGGUUAUCCCCUCGGCUGGGAUGGCUUGGGCGGUGGCGCCGGUAGGCCUACUGGCGGCGGCGGCGAACGUAUGGGACCUGGUGGCGGUGGCGGUCAUUCGGUCGACCAUAUUUUCGGCAGUGGUAUUGUCGGCAGCGGAAUUUCCAUUAACUAUGGCAGCAGUCCUAAUGUCGGCAUUAGCGGUGGCGAUGGCUUUUCUGGCGGGGUCAACGGCACAUUCAUCAUCAUUUAUAAUAUCGGUGGUGGCAACAGAUUUAUUGGGGCGGCAACGGCACGUUCACUAUCUGGGGCUGCGGUCUCAGAGAUUGUGGUGGCAACGGGAAGUUUUUCGGCAGUGGCUGCGGCAGGCUCGGCGGUGGUGCUCUCAUUGUCGGAAUUAGUUAGGGUGGCUGUUAGCGCGCUGGCGCCAAAGCCGGCGAAAUCUUCGACGUCUGCGGAUACGACCCAAACGGGAUCUUCUUCUUCGGG